ACAGAUGAAUCUAAUUGCGUAUAUCAUCAUCAUUCACAAACAGACAAAACACCAUCCCCACUCUUUGUGUAGUGUUCCUCAUCCUCUCCCCAUUCCUACCUCAAUAUAAACCCCCCACCCAUGAAAUGAGACUACAGCCAAACCCACCCUUCCAUUUCAGGAACUAAAGCCUCACCCUCUUUCUCUUGGUAUACGCAUGCUAACAUAAAAAUGGUGUUCACAGAAUUUGAAUGGUUGUUUCAUAUUCCAUGUGUCCCUUCUCUUUUAGCAAUAUUAUUCACCCUCCUAGCUUUAGUAGGAGGAUUAUUGGGUUAUCUCUAUGGGCCCUAUUGGGGUCUAAGGAAAGUUCCAGGCCCACCAUCCCUGCCACUUGUAGGACACCUUCCCUUGCUGGCUAAGUAUGGCCCUGAUGUGUUCUCAGUCCUUGCCAAGGAAUAUGGCCCAAUCUACAGAUUUCAUAUGGGAAGACAACCACUAAUCUUGGUAGCAGAUCCAGAGCUUUGUAAAGAGGUGGGAAUAAAAAAAUUCAAAGACAUUCCAAACAGAAGCAUUCCCUCUCCCAUUUCUGCUUCUCCUCUUCACCAAAAAGGACUCUUCUUCACCAGGGACUCACGAUGGUCAACCAUGAGAAACACCAUAUUGUCUGUGUACCAGCCAUCACACUUAGCUAGCUUAGUGCCUACAAUGCAAUCAUUUAUAGAAUCUACCACACAAAAUCUUGACACCCCAAAGGAUGACAUAAUCUUUUCCAAUCUUUCCCUUAGGCUAGCUACUGAUGUGAUUGGAGAGGCAGCAUUUGGUGUUAACUUUGGCCUCUCUAAGCCUCAUUCAGUUUAUGAAUCAAUCAAGAGUGUUAACAACAACAAUGUACGGGAUAAUAAAGGUUAUGAUAGUAACAGUGAUGAUGAAGUAUCCGAUUUUAUCAACCAACACAUUUACUCAACAACACAGCUUAAGAUGGAUUUGUCUGGUUCCUUUUCCAUCAUACUUGGUCUAGUUGCACCAAUACUUCAAGAGCCAUUUAGGCAAAUUUUGAAGAGAAUACCAGGUACCAUGGAUUGGAAAAUAGAGCGUACUAAUGAAAAAUUGAGUGGUCGUCUUGAUGAGAUUGUUAAAAAGAGAAUGGAAGAUAAGAAAAGGACUUCAAAAAACUUCUUGUCACUCAUUCUUAAUGCAAGAGAAUCAAGGACAGUAUCAGAAAAUGUCUUCUCACCUGAUUACAUUAGUGCUGUUACCUAUGAGCACUUACUUGCUGGGUCAGCUACCACAUCCUUUACCUUGUCAUCUAUUGUAUAUUUGGUUGCCGGGCACCUAGAAGUUGAAAAAAAGUUGCUGCUAGAGAUUGAUGGAUUUGGUCCAGUUGAUAGGAUACCUACUGCUCAAGAUCUUCAUGAUAGUUUCCCUUAUCUUGAUCAGGUGAUUAAAGAGGCCAUGAGGUUUUACACUGUCUCCCCAUUGGUUGCAAGAGAAACAUCAAAUGAGGUAGAGAUAGGAGGUUACCUUCUUCCAAAGGGGACAUGGGUUUGGCUAGCACUUGGAGUUCUAGCUAAAGACCCAAGGAACUUUCCUGAGCCAGAGAAGUUCAAACCAGAGAGGUUUGAUCCCAAAUGUGAAGAAAUGAAACGAAGGCAUCCUUAUUCAUUCAUACCAUUUGGAAUUGGUCCCCGGGCUUGUAUUGGUCAGAAAUUUGCCCUACAAGAAAUCAAGCUUACUCUCAUUCAUUUAUACAGAAAAUAUGUGUUUCGUCAUUCACUAAACAUGGAAAAACCUAUAGAACUGGAAUAUGGUAUGGUCCUCAACUUCAAGCACGGUGUCAAGCUUAGAGUCAUAAGAAGAACUUAGUACAGUGAGUAGCUAUAUGUAAACCAGCUAGAUUGUACUUGUCAUGGUGCAGUGGAUGAAUUAAAAACCUCUCUUGAACAUAUUGAUUCUAAGCAAGGCAAAAUAUGCUAAUCCAAACACUUUUUUAAUGUGCUGAGAUCUAAGUAAACAAACAAUCUUAUUACAAUAUAACUUAUUCAAGUUUAUGAACGAAAAAUGUAUCUUAUCUUCGAAAAUGUUUACAACAGCAUAUUUUUUGCCAAAUUGUUGACUUUCUCCCUUUAAUUAUAUAUAGUUGCAGUCUUGCAAUCUCUUGGUUGAAUUGGAUAUAUCAGAAUAACCACAAAAAUCAACUGAUUAUACAAAUGGAGACCCCUCAAGUAGUAUUGCUUAGGAAAGCACAAAAGCUGUAAUUAAAUUACAUUCCAGGGAACAAGAAGAUGUUGAAGUGUUGAACUUUUUGCAAAUCAUAAUACACAAGAUCAAUUCCAUCAAGUAUCUCUCAUCUUGGCCUCUUAUCCAAGUAGUUUGGUAAGUAAAGAGGCCUAGAAAAGUUGAUUGAAGGGUCAUAAUCAGCAAUGCUUUUGGAAUCCCCAUUAGAUAAAAUUGCUGUCCUUUUGAGAAACUGAAACUCAUCCAUGGAUUUCUGCCUCUGAGCUCUAUUAUAUUCAUGAUUAUUCAUUCUUUGCUUUGCCUUGGUUGACUCAGUCAGGUUCAUGUAACUAGGCCUAGUGUUAUUACCGUCCUCUACCCUAUCAUAAGCCAAUGCAACAUUCCCAGAUAUUGGCGUUGUAGAUGUGCAAAUUGAAGAUGAAACAGAACUCUCAUCAUACUGAAAAUCAGAACUUGGACUUGAGGAUGAUCUAGUGGCUUGGCCAACAUGGGAAGGUCUAGCAGAAAUCCUUGUGGUGACAUUGUUCUUUCUAACUUUGACUGAGAAUGGUUCUGAUGUUUUUGAAUUUGAGGAGUUCACACAUUUCUUUGGAGGUGGUGGAGUGGUCUUAUCUGAGGUAUCAACAUUGGUUGUUUGCUCCAUUAAUCUACUCUCCCAUGGCUUAGCUGCCAUCCAACGUUCCAACCAACUCCAUCCCCAGUUAGCUUUGUCUAUUUGGUGGUUGUUGAGAGAGGAAAAUGAGGCAUUUGCUCUUGAAUUUGAAAUGGGGGUUGAUCUCCAUUGCUGCAAAAAUGCUAGUCAUUAAACAUUUUGUCAAGCAGGAAUAAAAAGUUACCAAUUAAACUACUUCCUCAAGUUAUGAGCAUCAAUCAAUUUAACCCUUUAAAUUAUAAAAAUAUUAAUUUAAUCUAUGAAAUUAUCGAGCAACGGUCAUUUUAUUCCAAGUUAUAAAAUAUGGUCAUUUUAAUCUCUAAAAUUAAUCAAAUUAUAACAAUAAAAGUUCAAAAGGCCUAUAUUUGACAAUUUUGGAUUUAAAAUGACAUUUUUUUAUAAUUUCAGAAAUUAAAUUAACUAAUACUAAAAUGAUUUUUAUAAUGUAUGUUUAAGAACACACAAUAAUUAAUAGAUAGUAAAUUUUUAUUAUAUAUUAUACCAUUUAACAUUCUCAAUGCAUUAAAUUAAAUUUUAAUAGAAAUUACUGCAUAUAAAUCCUUAUUACGUGUAAAAUCGAUACUUAUAAUUU